CGAUGCGCAGGCGCCUCUCGCGCUCCCGGGCCGCCGCCCUCCCGUGAGGAUGAGCUCGGCCGUCGGCCCCGCCGCGCUACCCGCGGGCUCCAGCAGCCGGGCCCUGCAUGUGGAGCUGCCCUCGCAGCAGCGGCGGCUUCGUCACCUACGGAAUAUUGCUGCACGUAACAUUGUUAAUAGGAAUGGUUAUCGCCUUCUGGAUACCUACUUCACUCUUCAUUUGUGUGAUAACACUAAGAUAUGUAAAGAAUUUUAUAGGAGUGAAGUGAUCAAGAACUCCCUGAAUCCAACAUGGAGGAGUCUUGACUUUGGAAUAAUGCCUGAUCGCCUCGAUACAUCUGUGUCAUGUUUUUUGGUGAGGAUCUGGGGUGGCAAGAAAGAGCUCUAUCAGCUGUUGAUCGAAUGGAAAGUCAAUCUAGAUGGACUAAAAUACUUGGGUCAGCAGAUACAUGCUCGAAACCCAAAUGAAAUAAUUUUUGGGUUGAACGAUGGCUAUUACGGAGCUUCAUUUGAACAGAAGGACCAUUCAGGCACCCAGAAGAGUAGUCUUCUCCAGGUGGAUCAGAACUGUGUCCGUAACUCGUAUGAUGUCUUCUCGUUGCUUAGGCUUCAUAGAGCCCAGUGUGCAAUUAAACAGACUCAGGUAACUGUUCAGAAAAUAGGAAGGGAGAUUGAAGAAAAACUGAGACUUACAUCCACAAGCAAUGAACUGAAAAAAAAGAGUGAGUGUUUACAGUUGAAAAUUUUGGUGCUUCGGCAUGAGCUGGAGAGGCAGAAGAAGGCACUGGGUCGAGAGGUGGCCUUGCUGCAUAAGGAACAAAAUAUGUUACUUAACAAAGAAAAGGCAUUUGAGACUGAAUACCAGAGGCUUCAAAUGCAUAAAGAAUCCCUGCAUGAGUUGAGAAAAGAAUGCACUGCUAAGAGAGAACUGUUCUUGAAGACCAAUGCACAAUUGACCAUUCGAUGCAGGCAGUUGUUAUCAGAACUUUCCUAUAUUUACUCUAUUGAUUUGAACGAUCAAAAGGAUUACUUCGUCUGUGGAGUCAAGCUGCCUAAUUCUGAAGACUUUCAAGCAAAAGAUGAUGGAAGCAUUGCUGUUGCCCUGGGCUACACUGCACACUUGGUCUCAAUGAUUUCCUUCUUUCUACAAGUGCCACUCAGGUAUCCCAUAAUUCACAAAGGUUCUAGAUCUGCAAUCAAAGAUAAUAUCAACGACAAACUGACAGAGAAAGAGCGAGAGUUUCCACUGUAUCCAAAGGGAGGAGAGAGACUUCAAUUUGAUUAUGGAGUUUACCUUCUCAACAAAAAUAUAGCACAGCUUAGAUAUCAACAUGGAUUGGGUACGCCAGACCUAAGGCAAACUCUUCCUAACCUGAAAAACUUCAUGGAGCAUGGGCUAAUGGUCAGAUGGUAAGUGCCUCUGUUUCACC